AUGCAGAAAGGGCGUACACUGAAUUUUUGCAAAAUCCUGUGGUAUGCUUUCUACAUGUCAGCAUUUAAGGACUAUCCAUUUGGAUUUUUAGGAGUGAUUGUCUCAAAAUUUCUUGGAUAUAUAAACCAUAAAAGAAUCCAGGCCACUAAUAGAAACUGUGAAGUGACUGCUGAUGUGAGACAUGAUGGAUCUGAACCACUUGUAGAUGUUAUGUUUGCUGAUGGAGAGCGAUUGAUAAUGAAGGGAGCCAACUUGACGACAAUAGAAAUGUUAACAGCAUUGGGGUCCAGAUGUAAUGCCAAAGAGAUUAAGGAAGAACAGAAAAGCAAGAAGAAGAGUCCCUGAAGAACAGGAAACAAAUUAUGUUUGCAUUUACAUGUGUUAAAAACAGCAGGCUGCGCAGAAGGCUUUUCUCCUAUGCAACAAAAUCUGAAGAGGGCAAAGGCC